AUGAUUCGUUCAACAUUUGUUAGAGCUUCAAGACUCGGUAGAACUUGUACUGCUGCAUCAGCAAUCCGUAGAGCAUCAUUACUGCCUAUUCGCAAAUGGAAUUACCCACACCCACAACUGCAUGCUCAAAGAUUCUACGCAGAAUCGUUCACCUUAGGUGAUGAAAUACCACCAGAAGUGACUAAUUUAUCUUUUCAAACGUACCAUGAGCAAGCCGAUACGUUUUUAGAAUCGCUCUCAGAUCAAUUAGAAGCCCUGAGCCAGAAGUACCCGGAAAGUGUGCCUGACGUUGAAUUGACCCAAGGUGUCAUGCAAUUGGAACUAGGCGGAAUCGGUAGCUAUGUCAUAAACAAGCAGCCUCCAAAUAAGCAAAUAUGGCUGGCAUCGCCAGUUUCAGGCCCUAAUCGUUUUGAUUUCUACAAGAACGAAUGGAUCUCACUGAGAGAUGGGUCUAAACUACUCGAUAUAUUGAAUGAAGAGAUUAAUCAAGCGGUUACAGAGGAGAAUGUAACUUUAACUCCCAGUGACUAA